GCGGCGGGGCCAGCUUCGGCCGGGCCAGCACGCAGCCUGAGCCCGUGAUGCUGAAGAUGAUGACCUUCUUCCAGGGCCCUCCAGGCCAGCGGCCUGGACCAGGGAACCUCGACUUCCUCGGAAGCCCCCCAAAGCUGCGCUCCCCAUCAGAGGCAGAGUCAGAAGCCUCCAUGUCGGAGGCCUCCUCUGAGGACCUGGUGCCACCCCCACCCCUGGAGGCUGGGACAGCCCCGGAUAAGGAGGAAGAACAGGCUGCCAAGAAGAAGAGGCCCAAAGGACUGGCCACCAUGUUCAGCGUGUUUACCAAAGGGAAGAAGAAGAAGGGCCAGCCCAGCUCGGCGGAGCCCGAGGCGGAGCCGGAGGCCAGGCCGGGGCUGGAAGGCCGCCUGCCCACGGUGGAGGAGCUCAAGGCGGCGCUGGAGCACGGACGGCUGGAGGCAGCGCGGCCGCUGCUGGCGCUCGAGCGGGGCCUGCGGGCGGCGGCGGCCGCGGGCGGCACGAGCGCCGAGGAGCUGGUGCGGCGCCAGAGCAAGGUGGAGGCGCUGUACGUGCUGCUGCGGGACCAGGUGCUGGGCGUCCUGCGGCGGCCGCUGGAGGCGGCGCCCGAGCGGCUGCGCCUGGCGCUGGCCGUGCUGGCCGAGCAGGAGCGCGAGGACAGCAAGGUGGCCGCGGAGCCCGUGCCGGGGGCGGCCGCCCUGGCGCCCACGCGCCCGCGGGGCUGGCUGCUGCUGUGGCGUCGCGGCGUGGCCGAGGUGGCAGCCGAGCGCCUGAGCCGGCGCCCGGCCGCGGGCGCCGACGGCCGCUCGGAGACGGAGAGCGCGUUCCUGCACAUGGGCCGCACCAUGAAGGAGGACUUGGAGGCCGUGGCCGAGCGGCUGAAGCCGGUGUUCCCCGCCGAGUUUGGCGUCGUGGCUGCCUACGCCGAGAGCUACCACGAGCACUUCGCCGCUCACCUGGGCGCCCUGAUGCAGUUCGAGCUGUGCGAGCGGGACAUCUACAUGCUGCUGGUCUGGGUGCAGAACUUCUACCCCAACGACAUCUUGAACAGCCCCAAACUGGCAGGCGAGCUGCAGGGGCUCAGGCUCGGGAGCCUCCUGCCCGCCCAGCAGAUCCGGCUGUUGGAGGCCACAUUCCUGUCCAACGAGGUGGCCAACGUGAAGGAGCUGAUGUCCCGUGCCCUGGAGCUGGAGUCACAGCGCUGGGCCCAGGAUGUGGCCCCCCAGAGGCUGGACGGCCGCUGCCACAGUGAGCUGGCUAUCGACAUCAUCCAGAUCGUCUCCCAGGGACAGACCAAGGCCGAGAGCAUCACUCCUGACCUGGGCUUGCAGACACAGAAGGUGCUGCUGGUGGAGCUGGCCGAGUUCCUGAGGAGCUACCAGGCCAGCUUUGCCGAAUUUCUGGAGAGAGGCAGACAGCUGAGAAAUUACAGGGCCAAUGUCAUUGCCAACAUCAACAACUGCCCGUCCUUCCGGACAUCCGUGGAGCAGAAGUGGCAGACACUACAGGACCCCCCGAGCCGCCUGCUGGACCCCCUGAGUGAGCUCAAGAGCCAAGGCUUCGACGCGCUGCUGCAGAGCCUGUUCUCCGACCUGAAGCCGCUGUUCAAAAGGUUCACGCAGACGCGCUGGGCCGCCCCCGAACAGACCCUGGAGGAGAUCGUCGGCACGGUGCUUGCAAGGCUGCCCGAGUUCUCGGAACUGCAGGACUGUUUACGGGAGGAGCUCAUGGAGGUGGUACACCUGCACCUGGUGAAGGAGUACAUCAUCCGCCUGAGCAAGCGGCGCCUCGUGCUCAAGACAGCCGAGCAGCAGCAGCAGCUGGCCAGGCACGUGCUGGCCAACGCCGAGGUCAUCCAGCGCGUCUGCACUCAGCACGGUUCCUCCGCUACCUGGCUGCAUGCUGCCCUCCCCACUCUCGCUGAGAUCAUUCGCCUGCAAGACCCCAGUGCCAUCAAGAUCGAGGUGGCCAUGUAUGCCACCUGCUACCCCGACUUCAGCAAGAGCCACCUGAGCGCCAUCCUGGCCAUCAAGGGGAACCUGUCGAGCAGCGAGGCCAAGAGCAUCCGAAACAUCCUGGACGUCCGCUCGGCGGCGCAGGAGCCCUCCAGGUCCCUGUUCUCCCUUAUAAACGCCGGUUAGCCCUUCCUGCCUCCUGCCCUGCUCGGCCGGCACCACGCCCCCUGGGCACCCACCCGACGGAGGGCGGUUCACACCGUGCUGGCUCCGCCACCCUCCGGGCCUCCUGCAGCCUGCUCUGCGUCUGCUGACCUUGGCCGGGCCCCUGGGCAGUGGAAUCGGACAGACCUUGGUUCGGUAGGACUCUGGCGGGGGCAGGAGCACCCUGUGUGGCAGCCACCAAGGCAACAUCUGAGAAGGCCUUUGUAAAACCACAGCGGAUUGAGAGCCAGGAGGGAGGGCGCGGCCUGGGGCCAGGGAUCCCGGGCCCCUCCCGUGCAGAGGGCCCUCCCACAGUCCGCCUCACUGCUGUCCCUCUCCUAGGCCAUCCUGAGCUCCCUGGGGCCGGGGUUCAAGCCUCACUCUUCCUGCUUCCCUCAGUCCAGGCCACAGGAGCUGGGAUCAAAGACAGACCUGGACUGGAAGGAGGCGGGGAUGAACUCACCUGGGGCCUGGAAAGGGGCACGUGGGGGCCUGAGGUGAGCUGAGGGCACAGCCAGCACCAGAGCCCAUGUCCAGGGUGUCCCCGGAUUCCCUGGCCUGGAUCCCCUUGCCUCCCCCAGGGAUGGUCCCCAGGAGGCCUUGGUGACCACAGCAGCCAGGCCCAGGACCUGAUGGGACGCAGCCACCUGCAAGUGUGGCUGAGGCUGGGCAGGGGCGGGGCAACCUCAACCCCUGGUAUACGUCCUAUUGCUGCUGUCCACCAACUUGAUGAAAACAAGGGCUUAGAGCCGGGCUGGCUGGGGACGCACAGCGAGGUGCGGGAGGGCUGCGCUCCUCCUGGGGGGGGGGGGGGAUGCGCAUCCUGGUCUUCUCCUGUUGUUAGGGGCCACCUCUAUUUCCGGCCUUGCUUCCCUUCCAUCUUCAGAGCCAGCCACAGCCGAGUGAAUCCCUUCACCACCUCCCCUCCUGCCUCUCUCGCCCCAGGGGGUGUCCGCGAGCAGGGCGGGGGGGG